CAACGAUUCAAGCGUAGUUGCUAGUACUUCAGUUCUCAAUUAAUGGAGGAGAAACGGAAGGACGCCGGAACUCCACCGCCGGCCGCCGACACGCCGAUGACAUCGGCUGACGUUCCGUCCGCUGAGGCACCUACGUCGCGUCGGAGAGGUGGUGGCCACAAACGAAAAGCAAGCGCCAUUGGAAGUGGCGCCAGUUCGACUCCUCCCUCAACUUUGUCGAAGCGUCAGAAGCAGUCAGCAGUACCUUUCCCACCGAUCCACAAUGGUCCGCUCACAAGAGCUCGGCAGCAGCCAAACAACGCCGCAGCUGCAGCUGCCAGUGCUGUUUCUCCGUCAGGUUUUGGUGUUAGGAUCGAAUCGGAGGUGCUGCCAAAGGCCGAGGUCGGUGUAGAAGAGGCGGUGAAGGUUGACAAAGAGUCCAAUCAAGUGAAGGAGGAUUUGGAGGCAUUAGAGGCUGAAAUUGAAGCUGAAAUUGAGUCAAUUAGAUCCCGUGAUCGUAAUGUUCACGUUGUGCCGACUCAUGCUGGUUGGUUCUCUUGGACAGAGGUUCAUCCUUUGGAGAAGCAGACAAUGCCGUCAUUCUUCAAUGAGAAGUUGCAAAGUAGGACUCCAGAAAUAUACAUGGAGAUACGGAAUUGGAUCAUGAAAAAGUAUCACACUGACCCCAACAUUCAAAUUGAGUUGAAUGAUUUGUCCGAGCUCUCAGCAGGAGAUUUGGAUGUAAAAAAGGAAGUGAUGGAGUUUUUGGACUACUGGGGUUUAAUUAAUUACCACCCUUUCCCACAAACCAGUUCGGUUGUUAAUGUUGAUAUUGAUGGGGACGAGGCAGCAAAGACAGAUUCUUUGGUUGAUAAACUGUUUCGAUUCGAAUCCGAUGAAACAUGGACCCCAGUUCUUCCGAGGUCUAGUGUAGCUACUCCUUCUGCGUCUUCUGGGUUCUUUCCAGAGUCGGCUAUUGCUGAAGAACUGAUGAAGUCUGAAGGGCCAGCUGUUGAGUACCACUGCAACUCUUGCUCAGCUGACUGCUCAAGAAAGCGGUAUCAUUGCCAAAAGGAGGCAGACUUUGACUUGUGUAGUGAAUGCUUCAACAAUGGGAAGUUUGGAUCUGGUAUGUCCCCUUCAGAUUUCAUUGUUAUGGAGCCUGGUGAGUCUGGCGGUGCAAGUGGUGGGAAGUGGACAGAUCAGGAGACUCUUCUUCUCCUUGAGGCAUUAGAGCUUUAUAAGGAAAACUGGAAUGAGAUUGCUGAGCAUGUGGCUACAAAGACCAAAGCUCAGUGUAUUCUUCACUUCAUUGAAAUGCCAAUAGAGGAUACAUUCCUGGAUACUGAUGCUGAAAAUAACCAGUGUGUUAAAGAAAAAGAAGAUGCAGAUUUGUCUAAAGAUGAUACAUCAGCCAGUAUUGAUGCCCCAGAAACAGCAGAGAGUAAGGAUGAUGGAAAUGACAAUCAGGUUUCACCCACAGUGGAAACAUCAAAGCCAGAGAAUGUGAAUGGGCCAAUUCCUCAGGAGGAAGUUGGUGAGAACUGUGCACUCAACGCACUGAGGGAGGCAUUUACAGCUGCUGGUUUUUAUCCUCCACCUGGAGAAUGUGCUUCAUUUGCUGAAGCUGGCAAUCCUGUAAUGGCAGUGGCAGCGUUCCUGGUGAAACUGGUAGAAGCUAAAAGGGUUACUGCCUCAGUGCGCAGCUCUUUGAAAUCCAUUUCUGGUAAUCCUUCUGGUGAGAAUCUAGCCUUAAGGCACUGUUUUGUGUUGGAAGAUCCACCAGAUGAUGGGAAGACAUCAUCUGAUACAGAUCGACCUGCUAAUGGAUCAGUUGAUCCAGAAGAUAAGAAAGAUGAGGAUGACAAUGUUGAAAUGCAGAAAGAGGAAAAGUUGACAUCAGUUAUUGAAGAGAAGAGUUCGUCAAUUGGACAAGAAGAGACCAAAGGUGAAACAAACAUUGACAAAAAGUGCGAAGAGCAGGAUGGUGAAAACCAUGGAGAGAAAAAUGAGAAGGAACUUGAAGAAGCGGCCCAUUUGGUUUCUACCAGUGACGAAAAUCCAGAGAAAUCUGAUACUUCAAAACAAUCUGAUCCAAUUCCUACUGAAAAAGAAGGGGAACCUGCAUCACUUAAAGAAUCAGAUGAUGCAGGCUUGGCAGUGGGACAGACACCAAGUACCACAGCAGAAUCAGAUGUUUUAACGUCUAAACUAGAGCUCCCACCCGGGUUCGAAAAGGAGUCAGUUGAUGGAGCUUUAACAGCCAUUCCUUCUGACUCUCCAGAUACUCCUAAAGAUGAGGACAUGAUGCCUGCUGUGCAAACAAAGGAGCCUGAGCAAUCCAUGAAAUCGAACUCUGUACUUGAAAAUGGCGAAAAUACAGGGGCUGGAGAAGUCAAAGACUCUGUAGAUGGGAGAAAAGAUCCUUUGAAGACCAAAAAUGAUCUGGAUAUUGAUAAGAUCAAAUGUGCCGCAGUCACUGCUUUGACAGCUGCUGCAGUCAAGGCGAAAUAUCUGGCAGAUCAAGAAGAGGACCAAAUUCGGCUGCUUACUACAUCAUUAAUAGAGAAGCAGUUAAACAAGCUGGAGAGCAAGAUAACCUUCUUUCAUGACAUGGAUAAUGUGGUUAUGAGGGUCAGAGAACUGUUGGAGAGGUCAAAACAGAGGCUUCUCCUUGAGCGUAGUCAAAUACUUAAAUCAAGAUCUGUAACUCAUCCUGUGCCACAAUCAGUACCUGCUAACCGGCCUGGAAUGGUUUUUGCUAAUACAGCACCCAGGCUUCUAAAUGCAAUGAGCUCCCAGAGGAUACCGUAUUCAAGACCCAUAAUGGCAGGAACUCCUACACCAAGCUCUUUUAUGCCUACAACAGUUUCAGGAAAUUCAAUGCAGCCUUCAAAGUAGGAUAAGCUUAUUUUAGUUAGGACUAAGUAAUAUUUUCUCUAGUGCAUAAGAGUGAACUCAUCUAUAAAUCAAAAGAGCAAAGAAACGGUCUUCAAAUAUUUAUUUGUCAUGUGACUGUGUUUACCCUUUCAUGACUGUUGUCCUGGGUCAUUAAGUUAUAAACUUCUUAAACAGCAGAAGUUAAUUGUCCAAA